CCUCUACCCUCAUCUUCUUCCAUCUCUUGCUCUUCCAUUCCUCUAUCCUCUCCAUCUCACUCCUUGCCCAUUCUCUCCCUCCCCCCUCCUCUCACUGCCCUGUCUCUUGUUACCUCUAAUUCUCGACACAUUUUUGGCCCAACGCUUAUCAACACCAUCUGGCAGCAGUAGCAAUCGAUCAAGCAGACAACAGAUACAUUGCCAGAGUUUCUGGGACAAAGAACGGUCCCUAACUUGGAGAAUCCGGAGGAAAAAACGCUAGUCAUCUGCAACCGUACAAGGAAGCCAAAUCAUCCACAAGGUCAAUCAAUUAUCCACGGCCAUGGACUCUGCGCCCGUCUCAGGACCAUCCACGGCCCUGGACUCUGCGUCCGUCUCAGAACCAUCCACGGCUAUGGACUCUGCGUCCGUCUCAGGGUCAUCCACGGCAGUUGUACAGUACAACAGCGCGUACGGCACCCCGGCCGACAGCACGCACAGCGUUCCGGUAGCUCCACCAGGUCAUUUCGUCAUAGCCACAGUGACAGUAAUGAUCCUGUAUGUGGGUAGCCGCUUUUAUGCCUCUGACGCUGAUGUACUGCCUGGAUGCUUCUGCACACCUGCAUGUACAUAUGCGUGGAUGCAGUAUACGCUCCUAGAAAGAAGCUGUCGGGCCUCCUGCAAGCAUUGGUGCGUGCAGCUUGAUUUCCUUUCCCUGGUGUUCAACGGCGCUGUAAACAUAUUUCUGGUUCUGGCCAUUAUAGUCGGCACAACGAUGGCUGUUCUUGGCGCGAUGUUUGGAGCGAGUCUGCUGCGCGAUGAUUCCACGAAGGAGAUCAAGCCGAUGCGUUUAGCAUUUCUUGUUGUCGGAACGUGCUGCUGCAUGCUAACAGGCCCAGUCUUGGUCUUGCUGACACUCUCCCGGUGGGCCAACCUACUGCCACAGCAAGCGGUCGUGGUGUGCGGGCGCUCAUAUGCAAACUGUAAACGUGGUACGUGUGUGCAUGUCGCACAAUGCGAUUUUGUACCCACUGACCUGACGACGAUCAUGCCCAUGGUACCUCUGGGGAGCGACGAAUUGGAGUCACAGAAGGUGCUAGUUCUCGAAAAAGAAAACGACAAAUAUAAGUGCCGUCCGCGGGUGUUGGUACGCAACAAUGAGACCAAGCCAGAGCUGGGAGCAAGGAUACCAGGAGAGACGUCGUAUGCUUGCUUUUCAUACCGCGGCAGCGGGAGAGAGACGCGUCGUGACCAUUGGCCCUUCAUUACAGCGAGGCGUGCAGCGGAGGUCGCAGCAAGGAGAUUCAAACUGCGGAUAUGGAUCGAUGAGCUGUGCAUGGCAAGCGACGUGCACGGCAAGGCCGACUGCAUCCGGGCCCAGUAUUACUUGUACAAAGGCGCGGAUAUUGUUAUAAUUGGUGCGCCCAUCGACAUUUCCAACAGAGAUGGCGUGUACAAGAGAGACCAAGGCGCUCCUAGGAAAAUCGUAUGGUCGCAUGGGUCCAGCGAUGCCCCUGAGCUCGGAUUUGCAGAGAACUUCGAUGUCCUGGGCCUGCUGGAGACCGCUGGUAUGAACAACAGCCUGUGGUGUUUGCAGGAGAUGAUUGCCGGCAAGGAACUGGGGAUCGUCGACAUCGUAGGGCAUUUUGUGCCGCACAAAGUUAUCUACGACGGUCUAUGCAAAGCCAAAGCCACGCAGGAGCCAUGGCAGACUGUGCAUCGAAUACGCAGCGAGACGAUAAGCAACGAGGCAAGUGCUGUAGGGCUUGAACUGGCUCUGCGAUUGGCAUCGACAUGUAAGGCCACGGGAAGAAGUGGGAAACUGGAGGUGCUGAUGUGUCUGCUUGACGCGCCGGAAUAUACGUUUGACCGCAACGAACAAGUGAUGCGGCGCUGGCUUGGACGACAUAUUGUUUCAUACGACCCACGCCUGCUGUUGCUCUUUGGCGAGAGCGACCGUGCUGAAGAGUACAGCUGGCUACCGCAUUUUGAGUACGCAAGUGAGAAGGCCAUAUCUUUUGCGUUUAGUCUUCCACCUCUGCAGGUCGAUGCCGAGCAAACCAAUAGUGGGCUCAGAAUCGAACUGCAAGGGGAGAAGCUAGGACAGUAUGGAGCCAGCUCGAAGGUGCCUAGAGAAGGUAACAUCUUCAUAAACGGGCACGAGCGCCCAGGCUGGGUGACUGCACGAGCAACGCACAGAUGGCUUGUGAGCAGCGACGGCUGGAACCAGACAUGGUUACUGACUGUUGGGGAUGGCGAUCGGCAUCGCAAGGUCGGUGCGUAUAGAACCACGCGAUCGUUGCUGUUUUCAACCUCCCCGAGUUGCAUGAUCACAAUCGGCGGUUGAGACUGGCACUGCAACGAUAGUCACCAUAGUAUAUAUAUUCGUGCACAGCAAUUAUUAUUAAAGUCAGUU